CCUCAAGGAUUUUAGUUUUACGACGUAUUUGGAAAAUUGGAUACUAGCGGCACCCUGGAAACGUCCUAUUGAAUAUAAUAAAACGCAUUAGUUGGUUUUACAAGUCACAGUUGAACAAACAUGAAUUCUAUUGUAACGAAAUGUCCCAAAGUUUCUCUUUCCAAUGGCCUGCAAAUUCCAAUUCUUGGACUGGGAACAUCGCAUGACGGCGGGUAUUCACAUGACGCCAUGUUGUAUGCACUCCGCGAGUGUGGCGUGCGGCACAUCGACACAGCGAAGCGUUACGGCUGUGAGGAGCAGCUGAGUAUAGCCGUGCAGGAGAGCGGAGUACCGCGGCAAGACCUAUGGCUUACAACCAAACUGUGGCCCGGAGAAUACGGCUAUACCGCUGCCAAAAAGGCCUGCCGCGACUCGUGUUCCCGCCUAGGGGUGGAAUACCUUGAUUUGUACCUGAUGCACUGGCCAGAUGCCAUGGUCCCAGGAAGGUCCAAUAGGGAGGUCAGGGUGGAGACCUGGAGGGCCUUGGAGGAGCUGUAUAAUGAAGGCGUGUGUCGUGCCAUCGGCGUGAGUAACUUCCUCGUCUCCCACCUGAAGGAGCUGAAGGAGGACUGUAGUGUGGUGCCUCACGUCAACCAGGUGGAGUACCACCCGUUCCAGCAGCCAGAGGAGCUGGUGGAGUACUGUCGCCAGGAGGGUAUCGUGUUCGAGGGCUAUUGCCCCCUGGCCAAGGGUCAAGCUCUCAGCCACCCCACCAUCCUCCAGUUGGCACACAAGUACGCCCGCACGCCAUCUCAGAUCUGCAUCCGGUGGAGCGUACAGAAUGGAGUUGUCACCAUUCCCAAGUCCACCCAAAACGAGAGGAUCCUGGAAAACUGUCAAGUCUUUGGGUUCCAACUGGAGGGGAAAGACAUGGAGGCAUUGGGCAAGUUGCAUGAUGGGAGACAUGUCAGCUGGGAUCCCACAUGUGUGGAGUGACAGGUCUUUGGGUUCUCCCUCUCAGUUGAGGACGUGGAUCGUGUCAGGAGACUCCACAGUGACAUGAAGCUUAUUCAUCUCAGCUGGCCACUCUGGAAAGGAUUAUCAUCUUAAAUAAAAUACAACACUUUUAGAGAUGA